AUGGCAGAUGAAGAUGCCGCUGUUGAAGCCUUGCGAGCAGAGAUCGAGGUGACAAGAGCGCAGGUUCAAGCAGAGACGGCCAAGAACGAAGAGCGGCGAGCUCAACUUGCGGAGGCCACCGCGAGGCAGAAGCUUCGACGGGAGCUGGAUGAGCAGAGGAUGUGGUUGCUUCGAGAGCAACGCCGAGGACGAGGGCUUGAGUCUGAAACAAAGCGGGUGGACGAAGACAAGGAUGGAGACUACCUUCUUCAGCGUGGUGGCUUUGGUCAGUUUCAAGGGAAUCGUCGAUACGGAACGCAUGAGGGGGGAGAACAGGUGAGUUGUGCUCGGAAAAUCUACACCGAAGAGUUUGUCUGGGAAAUUCAGGGCUUCUCAUGGCUGAAUGGCGUCUUAGACUACGAAAGGGAAUCCUUCGUUUGGUCCAACUUCUUCUGUGUGGGUUAUGCGAAGUUCUACCUCGUCUACAACCCUUUUGGUGACGAGCUGUGGAAUCAGAGGCAUGGCUCCUUUGCCAUCGUCUGCCACAGCGGGAACUGCAGCCGAUUCCGGUACUCGGUUUUUGUGAAGGCUCGGAGCGGAAUGUUCAAAGCGUGGGGAGAGACCUCCGAAGGCACCUUCUUGCCGGACUCUGUGCACGGCCCGGAUGUCUUCCACAGCCAAGGACCCUCGGCUCCCGCCGCAGGGAUCUUUGGGCUCUCGCAUCGGCAGCUGCUGCAAUCCGACUGGGUGCAGGAUGACAUGCUGACUUUGAAGGUGGUCAUCGAGGCCCUGCCCCAAGGCUCCUGGGAUGCAUCCUGCGCAAGCCCGGGCGUGGAGGUCCCGGAUCCCACGAUGCGCCACGACAUGCAGAAUUUGUUGGAGACGGGCACCUGCAGCGAUGUGCAGUUCGUGGUGCAUGGGGUCGAGCUCAAAGCUCACUCGCAGGUACUCCUCGCACGAUCCGAAGUAUUUGCCAAGCAGCUGACGGCUGGAAUGGAAGAAACCAUGUCGAGGGUCAUCCAGAUAGACGACACUGACUUGGCCACCUUUAAGGCAUUCCUGCAGUUCCUCUACACGGACGACCUCACCGCAGUCGGUAAGUUGAUGGACGCCACAUCCGAUGAAAGCGACGUGUCGCGAAUGCAGAAGCUCAUGGCCGUGAGUCACAAGUACCAGGUCUCCAGGUUACAGCUUUGGUGCGAAUUGCAGCUUUGUAAGCUGCUGACGACCGCCGAUGUCUGCGACAUGCUCUGCCAGGCACACCUGCUCCAAGCCAGCAACCUUGAGCAUGCCUGCCUCUGCUACAUCAAAAACCACCUGACCAAGGUGGUCACACUUCCGGAAUACGCAGGCUUGGUUCAGACGUGGCCUGAUGUCCUGCUGAAGGUCAAGCGCUUCUUGGUGGGCGAGCCACAUUUCGAAACAGAUGCUCCGCGGAAGCCUGAAGUGGGGGGAGGAUGA